AUGUCUAGUGCGGAGCUCUGUCUUGCCCUCCAGGGCACCCUUGAUCUCUGUCUGAAAUACGGGGGAAUUAUUGUUAAAAAGUACAAGGUCUUUGGCGAUUCAGAGAAUGAGAUUCAAGAGCGAACACUUGUUAUUGACGCCACGUGGGCAAAGAUAUCGCAGCAGCUCACUUUUCUUCAACGCAUCUCGACGAGCUUAAGCGAGGACAAGCCGGAAUACCUAGCCCUUCAAAAAGAGAUUGUUCUUGUUCUUCAAAGGAAACUUGAGGCUGCUAUUUUGCACCUUUCCAAAGUUGAGAAAAAGGCUUCCGGAAAUGGGGGCGAAACCAGCUCCUCGAGCAAACUAAAGCCAGCGAAACACGCUUUGAUGGUGAAGCCUCCACUCGAAGUAGCCAUUCUGGAUCUUCGAACAUGGCAAAAGCUGUUUGAUCCAUCGUGGUACCUGCUUCUGCGAAUAACCGAUAGUUUCAUUGACGCUGAGCUGGCUCGAAACUGGAGAAGUGAGCAGCUCUCUGUUGCUAGACAUAUUCGAGAAUCCCUGAUGAACUCCAAAAAGUCCAGCCCUUCUCUUCUCCCAGAGGAUGCUCUCGCCCCCAGAGUCUUCGGAGCAUUCUACUUUGCCAAGUGGAUUGCUCCCUAG